AUGGGGAACCAAUGCCCAAACGGGACCCUUGGGAGUGACUACUACAACCGCCCUGAGUCUAGGUUCGCUGAUGGAUGCCUCGAGGACGAUCGCUACUCUGACUUGAAGAAGUCUGACAAGCCAUGGCCUGAGGUGAACUCAUUUAAGCCCACUGCUGCUGGUAUUUUGAAGAGGGGAUUGGAUCCAACAUCUAUCACUGUCCUUGAAAGGAAGACGGCGGACCUAAGGGAACAUUAUAUCAUUGGUCGGAGGCUUGGUCAAGGCCAGUUUGGCACAACAUACCUCUGCACCGAGAUCAGUACAGGGUGUGAGUAUGCAUGCAAGACCAUCCCAAAGCGCAAGCUCAUCACCAAGGAGGAUGUUGAGGAUGUGCGCCGUGAGAUCCAGAUAAUGCACCAUUUGUCAGGUCACAAGAAUGUUGUUGCCAUCAAGGAUGUAUAUGAGGACGGGCAGGCGGUGCAUAUUGUGAUGGAGCUCUGCGCUGGUGGGGAGCUCUUUGACCGAAUUCAGGAGAAGGGGCAUUACAGCGAACAGAAGGCUGCAGAGCUUAUAAGAAUCAUUAUUAGCAUUGUGGCCAUGUGCCACUCACUUGGGGUUAUGCACCGUGAUCUAAAACCAGAGAACUUCCUCCUUUUGGAUAAAGAAGAUGAUCUGUCAAUAAAAGCAAUUGAUUUUGGUCUAUCCGUGUUCUUCAAACCAGGUCAGGUUUUCACUGAGCUGGUUGGAAGCCCAUACUAUGUUGCUCCUGAGGUACUACACAAACGGUACGGACCAGAAGCGGAUGUGUGGUCAGCUGGAGUGAUACUCUAUGUUUUGCUUAGUGGGGUGCCACCUUUUUGGGCAGAGACACAACAAGGUAUAUUUGACGCUGUCCUGAAGGGGCACAUUGAUUUUGACUCAGAUCCAUGGCCUAAGAUAUCUGAAAGUGCAAAGAAUCUCAUAAGAAAGAUGCUCUGCCCUUGUCCUUCAGAGCGUCUGAAAGCCCAUGAAGUACUACGCCAUCCUUGGAUCUGUGAAAAUGGAGUGGCCACUGAUCAGGCUCUUGAUCCUAGUGUUCUCUCUCGGCUCAAACAAUUCUCUGCAAUGAACAAGUUAAAGAAGUUGGCUCUGAGAGUGAUAGCUGAACGGCUUUCUGAGGAAGAGAUUGCUGGGUUAAGACAAAUGUUCAAGGCAGUGGAUGUUCAAAAUAGAGGUGUAAUUACUUUUGGUGAACUUAGACAAGGUUUAAGAAGUUAUGGUACUGAAUUGGAGGAUAGAGAAAUUAGUGAUAUAAUGGAAGCGGCUGAUAAAGACAAUAAUGUGACCAUCAAUUAUGAAGAAUUUAUCGCUGCAACUGUGCCUCUUAACAAAAUAGAACGUGAGGAGCACUUGAUGGCAGCUUUUACUUACUUCGACAAAGAUGGAAGUGGUUAUAUCACAGUUGACAAGCUUCAACGAGCUUGUGGAGAACAUAACAUGGAGGACACAUUCCUUGAAGAGAUAAUUUUAGAAGUUGACCAAAACCAUGACGGUCAGAUUGACUACGCCGAAUUCGUAGCCAUGAUGCAAGGCAACAAAGUUGGACUUGGGUGGCAACCAAUGGAAACUACUUUGAAUGUAACCUUGAGAGAUGCACCUCAAGUACACUGUCACUGA